AUGGGCAGAACGCAGCAAAGCCGGACACAGGAGAGACGUCUCAAGACACCUACAGGCGCAAAACACGCAGAAAAAGGUGAAAAGGUGGCGAAGAAACGGAACUUCUUUUUCCGUUUCCUCGAUCGAGAAGGCGAAGAACCUCUCCAUAUCAACGUCUACCUCAUGCUCUACUUCCGCGUAGUGAACUCCGUUUCGUACGCCGCGCGAGCGGCAGCAAUCUUCGACACUUACCUUCACAUGCGGUUCGGAGGCAACCGGGCUAUUGGAACCCUCGUCUCUUUCAGCGGCCUCGUGACGAUCGUCGUGGCUCCGCUAGCUGGCGUUGUCGCUGAUCGUUUCAAGUCGCAUCGAAGCACCUUUCUCCGCGUUUCUGCUCUCUUUGGCUUCGCCUGCAUUUACGUGAACUGGCUGGCCGUGAGCGCGGACAGUUUCUCUCUCUUCGUCCUCAACACGUUCAUGUGGAAGGCGUGGUGGGAAUUCGUCACAGUCUGCACGGAGGCACUCUUCAAUGACUGCAUUCCGCCAGGACGAAGAAGCGAGUUGUAUGUGUAUCGAAGAAUCGCUGCGACUCUCGCCAACGGCGUCGGCCCUCUCUUCUCUUUGGCAGUCUUCCUCCUCGAAGGCAACGCGUGGAGUCUGCCUGUGCUUCACAGUGUUCUCCACGUCGGCCUCAUUCUCACCGUGCCUCAGAUGCUGCUUCUCUGGGUGUGGCGGGACGUGCCAGUGUCUCUUUCUGAUUCCGCGCGUCUUCGCGAUGAGGGAGAGAACGCAAAAGAUUUCGCCCAAGGUGAAGCGGCGAGUGGACGCGGAGUACACAGAGCUGGGGAGGCGAGCCAGGGGGGCUCUCGGGAUGCGGAGGAAGAGGCCAGUCUGGUGGGGGCAACCAACCAAACAGAGCUCUUGGAAGAUCAAAAGAAGCGCGAAGACUCCCGUCGGGCAGCCGUUCCAUGGCUCGUCUUUGUUUCUCACUUUGUGACGUUCUGUGGAGCAGGAAUGACAGUGAAGUAUUUCCCUUUGUUUUUCAAGUCGGAGUACCAGUUCCAACCCACGCAGACGUGUCUGCUUUCCUCUGUCUAUACACUGUUCAUCGCCUUCUUCACUUACGUUAUUCAGCACUUUGCCGCUUGUCUCGGACGCCCGCAGGCGUCGCUUCUCUUCACUGGAUUGGGAAUUUGUUGCCUCUUUCUCCUUGCCUCCUUUCACUACCUGCCACUCGUCAUCGUCUUCUACCUCUUCAGAGGCGCGUUGCAGAACGCGUCGACGCCGAUUGACCGGUCUCUGUUGAUGGACUUCAUUGAUUCCAAAAACGUCGGGAAAUGGAGUGCUAUGCAGUCCGUGGCGACGAUGACCUGGUCCCUAUCCGCGCUCGUCGGCGGAUUCAUUGCUGACAGCGUUUCUUACAGGCAGACGUUCGUGAUUACAGGCAAGUGA